AUGGCUUUCCGACCUGGCCAAGCAUACACGCCGAGACCCGUCACCGACAUCUUCACGCCUGACGAUACGGAGAUUGAUCGAAGGAAAUGCCGGAGGACUGUCCCGAUGAGGGUCCUGGCGUUGGGGCUUGGAAGGACAGGGACAGCUUCUCUGCGUGCUGCCCUCAAGGAGCUUGGAUUUGACGAUUGUUACCACAUGAUGUCUGCCAGCGUCGAGAACCCCCCGGACUGUUUGAUGUGGCAGGAUGCUUUGGCGGCAAAGUACGACGGAAUCGGGACAUUUGGUCGCACGGAAUGGGACAAGCUCUUCGGGCACUGCCAGGCAGUGUGCGAUUGGCCUUGCGUCGCUUUUGCUCAAGAGCUGACUGAGGCCUAUCCGGACGCCAAAGUUAUCUUGACUACGAGAGAUGUGGACUCCUGGCACGCUUCAUGCUUGAAGACCGUCGACUGGCGAGCAAACGACCCGGAGCUGGUUCUAGUUGCCAAAUUGGGUGACUGGGCCGCAGCGCUUUACCAGCCCAUGCUCCACAAGUUCUGGGCGUGUUUCUUCAGAGGCGAUUUCAGGAAGCACGGCAAGCAAGUCUUCACAGAAUACUAUGCGGAAGUGCGGUCACUUGUUCCGCCAGAGAAGCUGCUCAACUACAGUGUCAGCGAGGGCUGGGGCCCGCUCUGCGACUUCCUUGAAGUUCCUGUGCCGGAGAACAAGGAAUUCCCACACUCGAACGACACCGAGAAGUUCGUCACCAGAUGUCGCAAGAGAAACCACGACCAACUGAAGAAUGUCUUGUUCCGCUAUCUCGUCUACGGGUCUGGCGUGGCAGCUACAGUGCUCGCAUCGUCGUUAGCUAUGCGUCAUUCUGGCGUUUUACUGGGCAGUGUUGCCAACAACCUUGGCGCCAUUCGAGCGUGA